GGGGCGCGGGUCCGCUGGCGCGGGGGUGGGGCCGAGGCGCGCGCUGCGGCGGGCGGCUGGCGGCGGCGGGAGGCCCAGGCGGGAGCUUAGCGCGCGGGCUGCUCCCUCAGCGCGCGCGCGCCGUCCCCUUCCCGUCCCUGUUCCCCUCCCCACCCCCGCCCCCGCCCCGCCGCCAUGUCGGAGGAGAAGCCCAAGGAAGGCGUAAAAACGGAGAACGAUCACAUCAACCUGAAAGUGGCGGGGCAGGACGGCUCCGUGGUGCAGUUCAAAAUCAAGCGGCACACCCCGCUGAGCAAGCUGAUGAAGGCGUACUGCGAGCGGCAGGGCUUGUCAAUGAGGCAGAUCAGAUUCAGAUUUGAUGGACAACCAAUUAAUGAAACAGACACACCUGCACAGCUGGAGAUGGAAGAUGAAGACACUAUCGAUGUGUUCCAACAGCAGACAGGCGGAGUGUGUUAAGACGUGCCAUCAUUUUGAGAAGAGGAGUUUAAGGAUCCUCAUCGCACCUCACACUCUCAUCUGUCCUUGGAUUUGCUAUUAAAUAGUAAACAAAUGAACAUGCCAGUCACACAGGAUUCUUCUAAACUCUAGAGGACAUUUACCAAAAUUGCUUGUUGUCUUUGACGUACUGCGUGUGCAAGUCAAAACAGUAUCUGCAGGGAUUAAUCAAUAUCUUAAAUUGGGCCAAUUUGAUUUAAGUUGGGAUUAAGUAAUACGCGUUGUCUCUCUGCUGUUAUCUUUUUUUUUUUUCUUUAAACCUGUGGCCUAAAUAUUCAUCCAUGUGUUAGGACAUGGAGUGUUCAUUCCUGGCUCUUGUCAGUCUUGCCUCUGUUUAAUUCUAAUCAUGUAAAUAAUUCAGUAUAUUUUCAUGCCACUUGUGAGCAUAAAAGUUUCCUUUUAAGAUACGUCUAAGAGAAGGAAAAGAGAUGCUGAUUUUAUGUUUUUAGCGUGUGUUGCAAACACUUCAGAAGCAUUGAGCCUGUGACACAAGGCUGGUACACGCAGCUACAAUGCUUAGAAUAGAGUCAGAGUUUAAAAUAUUGCAGAUUUACAUGUGCUUUGUCAUAUUAUGAUAAAGUUGUCUGAAAUAUACUUUUUUAAUGCAGAAAUGAGAUUUGUCCUGAAUUAUUGUCAGAAACUGAGUUAGCAGAGCAGCUGGUCCGAAAACUGACACUCAUUAUAGAGCAGCAAUAUUUUUUGUUGCACAAGCUUAUAAAAAGAGAAACCCAUCACUGCAACUCCAGCUGUCCACCAAGUGAUGGGUAGAAUCUGUCACCUUCCUCCUGCUCCCUGUAGCGCGUCUCUUUAUUUCUCAGUGGGUACUAGAAGUGUGUGGCCUCGGGUUUCUUUUUGAUGCUUGUUUUUGGUAGAUAAACUUGAUAAAUGAGGGGGAAGAAAGCGCCUUUUAAUGUCACCAAGCUGUAUGCACGGAAGAGCUGUCAGGAGCCUGGUGAGCAAGGAAAGAGCCGAAUGUGUGCGUGUUUAGGUGUGAUCAGAAAAUAAUCGUCUGCUCUAUUGCGUCCCAAACCUUAGUGAUUAUUAAAGGCGUUUCUGCACUGGAUUUGAGCUCCACGUAAAGCGUGGCAUCUGUUCCAGAUGAAUUUGUGCAAAGGCCAUCCUGUUGCCCCUCCAUAGGCUGUCCACUGCUGCUCUGUGGGACUGAUACCUGCCUCUUACACUUACCCAACCCCUUCGGCCGCAUUGGAUCACCUCCCGCUUGCUGGAAAUUUUGCUGAAAAGGCCCUUGUUUUCUUUUUCGUUUUCUUGUAUGUAGGCUGGGGUGGGAUAUCCCCAAGAUCUCAUUGUUUAUUCACUGAUUUGUACAUUUAUUUGUUGUCCUUUACUACUGUAUACAGUAAAUAUAGUUUGGUACUCUG